AUGGGAGCAUGCCUCCGUGCGGCACUCGAUCCGCAGGAUAAGCUCCCCUUGCCGGAUCUCCCUCUGUCCUAUGAGGGGUUCUACGCCGGCUGCCGGUAUGUGGUGACCGACGCCGAACAAGGAGAAUAUGUAUACGGUGCGGUGAAGCUAGAGCUGGAGAGGUGCAUUGGGAAGCUGGCGAAUGAGUUAAAAAACGAGAAGAUCGACGCUGUAGCGUGGAUUGUGCCGUUCAACAGGGCUUGUGACUGGUUCCAGAAACGAGUCGUUCUACUUGAGUCACUUCUCACCUAUCUUGACAAGGAGUACGUGCUCAAAUACCCAAAGUUCAGUUCAAUCCACGACCUUGCCUUUGAGCUCUUUUCAGCCGGGAUCUUCGGUGACACAAUAAUCUUCACCAAGAUACAGGACGGUUUACGAAAUUGGGUCAAUCAUGAGCGAACAAUGAGAGCCGAACAUAAAUUGCGCUCUGAGAUUCCUGCUCUGUUGGGACAUCUUAGCACCCACGACUACUAUGAUACGUUCGAGUCGUACUUGAUCGAGGUCACCCGCGACUUCUACUCCGCCGAGGCCGACCGACUUGCUGUUGAACUGAAGGACAAGGCGAUGGAGUACGUGCUGAAAGUCGAAGAGCGGAUCGCGGAAGAGGAGAAAAGGGGCGAGGAAGUGUUACUCCCGCAGAGCAGGGGCGAGUUCAAGAAAGCAACGGAACGAGCGUUCUUGCUGGGAAGGCUGGAAUGGAUCGCUACGGAUGCACUGGCACAAUGCUUGAAGGAAAGAAACGGCAAUCAGAUUGCAGGGAUGUAUGCCCGCUUCGCGCGCGUGGACGGUUUGAAGAUACUGUGUGUUGCGUUCAAAGCGCAUGUCCAGGACGCGGUGCAGAGAAUCGUCCUUGACACAGAGCAUGACGCGGAUAUGGUGCCGAAACUCGUUGCUCUACAUGGUUUCUGCAAGAAGCUCCUGGAAGACGCUUUUGUGGAUUAUACCUCUCCUUCUACGGGCACUUCCGACGCGCCGCCCAUGAAGCGCAUGAAUCGCGCCUUCUUCGAUGCCUUGAAAGACGCGUUCGGCUCUGGCUUCAAGGCGCGCCGGUCGAAGCCGGCGGAGAUGAUCGCCAAGGAGCUCGACAAGGCGAUGAAGCGCGGCAAGAAGGACAUGACCGAGCAGGAUUUCGAGCGGAACGUCGAGGAGGUGCUAGAGCUGUGCAGAUACACGGACGACAAGGACGUCUUCCGCGCGUUCUACCAGAGGGCGCUGGCGAAGCGGCUGCUGCUCGCCCGGAGCGCGAGCGACGAUGAUGAGAAGAGGAUACUGAAGAAAUUGCAGACGGAUUAUGAUCCCGAGUUCAGCAUGGGUGAUCACAUGUUCAAAGAUCUUGCUCUCUCGAAGGACCUGUACGAGGAGUACCUGAAGUCACUCACUGGCCAGGCGGAUCCUUCAGCACGCGACCUUUUCGUUACUGUCAUCCAGCGCAGCUCAUGGCCAUUCACGGCGCGGACCAAGGACGCCGUUUUGCCGACCAGGAUGCAGGAAUCAUUGGAGGGUUAUCUUACGUUCUACAAGAACAAGCAUAAGAACCAAAAGCUUGAUUUCGACCACGCUCUCGGCACUGCGACAAUGACGGCACGGUUCGACAAGGGGAAGAAGGAACUUACCCUCACCCUCUACCAAGCCAUCGUCCUCCUGCUAUUUAACGAUGAAACCGAGCUUAGCUAUGAGCGCAUUCGAGAUUCAACGGCCAUGGACCCGACGGAGCUGAAGCGUGUGUUGCAAAGUUUGGCGUGCGGGAAGAAGAAAGUGCUCUUGAAGGUUCCGCCUAGCAGAGACGUAGGAGACAAGGACGUGUUCCGCUACAAUGGCGAGUUCACCGACCCGAAACACAAGGUCCACAUCAGCAGCAUCCUGGCGCAGGACACGCCCGAAGAGUCAAAGCGCACCCAAAAGGCCAUCGAAGGCGAACGUCGUUACAUCAUUGACGCUGCGAUUGUGCGCAUCAUGAAGGCGCGCAAGAAGGUGAAAUACGAGCAGCUAGUGACGGCCACCGUCGACGCGGUCAAGAACCAUUUCCUCCCUGACGUGGUCGACGUGAAAAAGAGGAUCGAGGGGCUGGUGGAGGAGGAGUAUAUGCGUCGCGACGAGCACGAUAGGCAUAUGUUCCAUUACAUUGCAUAA